AUGGCGCAGGCUUAUGUUCAGCUAAUUAAAAAUGUAUCGCGUCGCGGUAGCAUUCUCAUAGGGGGUUGGUCAUUUGGAGGCAUUCUGGCUGUGCACAUUGCACAGAUAUUAAACAACGAAACAAAAGCACCUCGCGUCGCUGGGAUCAUCUUAAUAGAUUCCGUCUACCCUACAAGACUAAGACAUGGACUUGAUAUGGAUUUGCAAGAGAACAUUGUAGCUGGAGUUGUGGCAGAACUAAAGGAUAAACAUCCUGUCUCAUUGGUUCGAUCGACCUAUUUGCGCUAUGCACGGCAACUGCCUUCUUGGAACAACUGUGCUACUGGAAUUUGCAGAGCACAUAUGUCGGUACCAUUUUCUGUUACUUUGAUUCGUGCUGGCUCCCGCAUUCCGAUGGCCAACCCCCAAGAGACUUCCUUUCUGGACUGGACACGCAGCAUGCCACAUUUAGGCUGGGAAAACUAUCAGGGGGACUUCAUUAGCCAGGUACUGGAAACUCCAGGGAAUCAUUUCAGCAUCUUCGACACCCCCAAUUUGUUAUCCACUACCUCCAGCAUACGGGACGCACUGAAAGCAUUCAGGAAAGUAUUGUAG